ACGCCAGCACUUCCGUUUCCGCGGACGGUUACGUUCGCCAUUUGGGUCGUGACCACAGAGUCGUGACCGUCAUUAAGGUUAAGGGCCUGGGAUCGUCGCCCGCGACGAAAGGGGAGGCCGACUGCUCCCUGGAGAACGAGCGUCUCGCUCAUCGCUGUUCGCGUCACCCCUGUGCAGCACCGCAUCGAUUGCCGGCCGUCGUCACAUCGAGACACGUUUUACUACUUUGGCACUGACAAAACAUGGCUUAUUGAAGAAGAUGAAGGGUGCGCAAAAAGAUAUCGUUUCUCCGAGGAGAGGAGACGGAGGAGACCGUAGCUGCGACGAGGCGAGUCACCAGACUGAUUACAGUCGAUCCGCAAAUGGACAUAAGGUCAAAGUUCACGCUGUCCCCUGCGAAGGGGGCUGCUGCUGAUGCGAGAAGGAACAAAGAUGUCAAUAAGAAGCUCCAUCUGGGAACACUGCGCAGAAGGGAACCUGCUGGCGCCAAUAACUUCGCUAACGAUGUACAACCAACAAAGUACAAUGUACAAAAAGCAAAAGAUCUUGUUAAGAGACAGAGACCUAAAGGACAAUAUCAUGGCGGUGCAAAGGAGAAUCCCAAGGUAGUGGAGGAGAAGUUACCUGAGCUUGGCUCAGUGUUGGUCCCAAGACGCAAAAAGAACGGCAAUCACUUGCUGAAUUUUCACUACGAGCGAUAUAGGGUGCAGGACGUACAGAGCAGGGAUAUAGGGAGACAUGGUUCCAACAGUAAUAGAUUGCUGCCACCGGUGCAGCGGCAUAAGUACUGCAAGGAACAAUUUAUACAAGCUAGCUGCCAAUUUGUCGUGACCGCAAGCAGAGAUUAUUCCUUGCAUUUGACUAACCCUGAUAUUCUUGUGGAUUGGAAAUCGAUUGAACAAAUUAUAUUUCACAGUUCAGAAAAUCUCUCUUGUCCAAUUUGUUUACAUCCACCAGUUGCGGGCAAAGUGACUCGCUGUGGUCACGUUUAUUGCUGGCCUUGUAUUCUCCGUUAUUUACGUUAUUGUCAAGAAACAGGCAAUUACAAAUGUCCAAUUUGUUAUGAAUAUCUCCACAAAAAUGACUUGAAAAGCGUGAUCGAGAUUACGCGAAGCACAUUCAAUUUGGGCGAAACGAUCAAUCUGUGUUUGAUGCGUCGUGAAAAGAAUUCCUUGUUUGCGACGCCUGUGAAAUCUGCUGUUCAACCACCGACAACGUUUUUGUCUGUUUCUGAGAAUGCUGAUAAUCAGAUAUAUUCGAAACUUCUUAUCGCAAAUGUGAAAGAUAUUGUGAACAUCAUAGAGAGCGAGUAUGCGGAAUUACAACUUGAACUUGAGGACAAUCCAGACAUGGCCGCUGACAUCAAGCAAGCGCUCGACGAACUAUCGAAGAGGAAAGAAAAACUACUGUGGCAGAUCGCAGAAUCUAAAGACGCGGCAUUGACUGAAAAUACAACGGAAAAGGAAAUUGCUGAGGAAACAUCGCAGAGAUAUGACGUAAAUGUCGACCCGUGUUACAAAGAGGACGACAAGUCUUUGGCAAAACAAUCUUCGACGGACAGUGUUUCCAGUGAUGGCCAGACAGUGUCGAGCCCUUCGAAAUUUUCUUACUUUUAUCAAUCGGAAGAUGGGCAGCAUAUAUAUUUACACGCGGCGAAUGUGAAGAUGCUGGAAAUGGAAUAUGGCGCUCUGGAGGAUUGUCCUCAUGUAAUAACGGGCAAGCUUCUCGAGAAGGAGGGAGGCAUCUACACAGAAGAAUUAAGACGAAGAUUACGGUAUCUCUGCCAUUUACCAGUUACUUGUUCAUUCGAAUUGGUUGAAAUCGAGUUAAAGCCGCCACUGGUAUCGAAGGAAGUUCUUCACGCUUUUCAUGAGCAACUAAAUUCAAGGCAGAAGUAUAGAGAACAGAAGGAACGCGAGGAAAGAAAAAGGGAGAAAAAGAUAAUAGAAGAAGAAAAUAGACAAAUUGGCAUAUAUCCAACGCCCAACAUAGAUAUCGAAUCUUAUCAACAUUUUCCUGAGUUGCAAUCAGAGCUACAGUUGUCCAACGAGAACGCGUUGUCACCGUCAGAAUCUGCUAUAUCGAGUAUCGCUAGCAGUCCAGCUUCGAGUGCGUUUGACGAAAUCGCUCCUCAACAAGAAACGGAUCUUUCGCGUGACCAGGCCCGGACGUUCGCUGAUAUAAUGAAGAAAUCGACAGUGCUGACGAAAAUGUCUAAUAAAUCCGUCGAUGCAUGGCCGGCCGUGAAAUCGAAGACGCAUUCCAGUACGUCGAAUGCGUGUUUCAACAAAGAUGAAGAAGUACUGUCGAUAAAGAUCGAUAACAAGUCUACUAAUGCUUGGCCGUCUGUGGCAUCGAGCAUGUGUUCCGAUACACCAGGUACCUCGUUUAAUGAAGAUGAGAAAAAACCGUACGUUUCUGAAGAAGCGAAAGACGAAGGUAAUGCGUCCGGCAAGAAAAAGAAGAAGAAGAAAGGGAAAGGAACCGUGCUGUUUACGACUGGUAUGACAUCAGGCUAUUCUUUAUAAUCAUUGUAUUAUCGCAUGACACUUUUAUUCUAUUCCUCGUGCGCCACACGCAAUAUUAGUAGAAUUUUAUUGGGUCGAUCGUAGAAAGUUUCAUUUCAUUUACAGCUCUUGCCACCAAUGUUUGACGUACUAAAAAUACGUACGGCAUACGUAUCGAAUGUCUUUAUUUCUCUAUACUGAAAUCUAUAAAUUAUUUAUCAUAGAAAAAAAAGAAAAAUAAUUAUUUGUCAAGGUUCCCGUAUUGUGCUCACGAAUAAAAUUUUACUUCAUUUA